UACACUUCUCUUUUCUUUUCUUGUCUUAUCACAACUUUUCGUUUGUUGCAAUAGUUGAGCAAGAUGUUUGCUCGCGUUUUUCAGCCUUUAACUUUAUCAAUUGUUGCAGUUGUUUUGUUGCUCCAAACUAAUAAUUGUGUGAGUACGUAUCCAAGUACUUUUUCAGAUGCGGUGGCGACAUGGUAUGGGAGCCCCACGGGGUAUGGAAGCGGGGGUGGUUGUGGAUUUGAAAAUGAUGUGGGGAAUGCUCCGUACAAUGGGAUGAUAGCAGCAGGAAAUAAUAAUAUAUUCAAAUCAGGAAAGGGUUGCGGAGCUUGUUAUCAGGUGAAAUGCACAGAUCAUUCAUUGUGCUCAGGCUCUCCAAUUACUAUAACAAUCACAGAUGAGUGUCCUGGCGCCUGCAACAAUGAAGCUUUUCACUUCGACUUAAGUGGAAAAGCUUUUGGAUCUUUAGCCAAGCCUGGCCAUGCUGACGCGUUGCGUAAAGCUGGGAAAGUAAAUAUAAAAUAUAAAAGGGUACAAUGCAACUACAACGGAGGCAUGACGUUCAAGAUCGACGCAGGUUCCAACCCCAACUACCUAGCUUUUGCAAUUGAGCAUGUACAUGGAGAUGGCGACAUUGCUGCAGUUGAAAUAUUGGCCUCAAACUCAAAGGAGUGGAUGGCCAUGCAACCCUCUUGGGGUGCGACAUGGAAAGUAGGGCUGCCCGUUGAGGUAAAAGGCCCUUUUUCUGUGAGGGUAACUACUAUUCAGUCAGGAAGAAAGGUUGUCGCACAUCAAGCAAUUCCGGCUAAUUGGUCGCCUGGACAACACUAUCUUUCACACACUAAAUAAGAGUUUAUUUGUCGGAGUCUUUGAAAAAUACUUGUCGACUUUUGGGUGUUUGAAUCAAAGCUAUGUCAUGAUUUUCAGCUAUUUUACCUUUUUGUAUAUAAUAAUGAUUUUUGUACAUAAAGUUUAAAGUAUCAUUUGUU